UGAUGAAAUCUGUGUUUCCUGCGUAGCUCUCAACUUUCGAGAUUGUUGGCAAUUUUCAUUUCGAACUGCACACACCAUGGCUUUCUCAUGGAUUCUGGCCAGCAUUGUUGGCGGGUUCAUCGCUUGGUAUUGGUUUCUAAGGAGAGAUGACGGUCGCGCUCCUCUGCCACCAGGUCCAAAGGGUCUCCCUCUACUUGGGAACCUGAAUGAUUUGCCUCAGCCAGGUGUGCUUGAAGCGCACCACUGGCUCAAGCACAAGGAGCUAUAUGGCCCGAUUAGCUCCGUGACAGUGAUGGGCCAAACCAUCGUGAUCAUUAACGAUUCGCGACUGGCGUUUGAGGUUAUGGAGAAACGGUCGGCCAUCCAUUCAUCGCGACCUAAGCAGCUCUUUGCUGGAGAAAUGGUCGGCUGGGAGAACUCACUUGGCCUCUCCCCGUACAACAAUCGUUUCAGAGCCUACCGUAGGAAUUUCGCCCGGAUUAUUGGCUCCAAGCCGUUAGCCGCAGAAUUCAACGGCUUGCAACAGACCGAAGUCGGCCACUUCUUGCUCCAUGUACUUGAUAAGCCCGAUGAUUUGGUUGACCAUAUUCGAAAGGAGGCGGGUGCAAUCAUCUUAAAGAUUGCUUAUGGCUAUACGGCCGAAUCGCACAAGAAUGACCCCCUCGUCGAUAUCGUUGGUGAUGCUAUGGACAAGUUUGCCCAGGCUGCAGUGCCCGGGGCGUUCUUGGUUGACAUAAUGCCUUUCUUGAGAGACCUUCCAGACUGGGUUCCAGGAACUGGAUUUAAGAAGACCGCUCGGGAAUGGAAAGCUGCUCUCAUGGAUGUGGCUGAUAGGCCGUAUGCUUUUGUCAAGCACCGGAUGGCACAGGGGAACAACGAGAAAUCCUUUCUUUCGCAGCUGCUAGAGAAGGGUGACUCGGAUGGGGAAGAGAAAUUUAUCAACAAGUGGGCGGCGAUGUCCUUAUACGCAGCAGGUGCAGACACGACGGUGUCUGCAAUGGCGUGCUUCUUCUUAGCGAUGUCUAUCUUCCCAGACGUCCAAAAGAAGGCCCAAGCCGAGAUCGAGCGAGUCAUAGGAACAAACAGGCUCCCUACCGCUGAAGAUCGAGAGAAUCUACCGUAUAUCGCAUCCACCGUGAAAGAGGUCCUCCGCUGGCACCCUGUUGCGCCAAUGGGUCUUCCACAUGGGACCACAGAGGACGACCUCUGCGAGGGUUACCGCAUUCCGAAAGGCGCAAUGAUUUUUGCCAACGUCUGGCAUUUUACCCAUGAUCCCAAUGUCUAUCAUGACCCCAUGAUUUUCAAGCCCGAACGAUUCCUACCGAUCGAUGGCCAUGUGCCUGAGCCCGACCCGGCCACGUAUGUGUUCGGAUUUGGACGACGAAUUUGCCCCGGCCGAAUCUUAGCAGACAACACGCUGUACCUCAGUAUCGCCCAGUCUUUAGCCGUGUUCAGCAUUGGCAAACCGGUUGAGAACGGGAAAGAAGUGGAACCCGUCGCUAAAUUUGACCCUGGUGUGGUCAGCCACCCCGCACCUUACAAGUGCAUGAUCAAGCCACGGUCAAGUCACCACGAGGCCUUGAUUAGAUCCAUCGAAAAGGACCACCCCUGGCAGGAAAGCGACGGUAAAACUCUGGAGACUUUAAGCGUCUAGAAAUGUGGUAUUGCAAUAUGAACGAGCGAGAUGUUGAAGUCCUCUACAAGGGAUACAAAUUGACGACACGACCUGAAAGGGAUGGGAAAGCCUUACCCAUGUGCCCUACGAUAUAUGGCUGCUGUCACCUAAGUAUGGAAUUUCCUGUCGCAGGGUUUGCGUUUUGAUCUUCUUCCACUUGAGUUUUCCUUUUUUUCACUCCUAGCAUAUGACGAUCGCCAUGGGCAUACGUCAUGUACGUAGCCUUAUCUGCUUUGUCGAUACUUUGGGUCAGGUGGCCGCAUCACCAAUGGCGGUCCAUUUUGAGCGCUUUGUCAAAAGUCAAAACCCUAAGACACAAAACAUGAAGUCGGGUGUAUGAGUAACUGUAGGGAACACAAUACGAAGGACAUCGAUCCA